UAUUGACGGACUGUUGAUCGGCCAUGUUGCCAUAUUGAUCACAAUUGAUUGAUCAGUGUUCACUCCAAUUCAAUGUAUUUUGAAAGUACUUUUCGUAGGAUGAUGGGUUUUACACGUUUAGGUUACUCCUGACCAAGAUUUGGACAAUGUCGGUGUUGUUUGACCCGCAUGAAGUCGGUAUAAAUGGUCAGGCGAGUUUGCGAAGGGUGCCGAAGAUUAGAAGAAAGGAGGAUGACUUACUCGUGUUCGGAUACGCGUGCAAGUUUUUUGAGAACAGCGGAAAGGGUGCGUUCUUUGAUGAAGAAAAGAGUCUGAUACCAUGGAUGGGCGACGAAUCCCUUCUUAUCGACAGGUUUGACGCACGUCUGUAUUUUACUGACAAGGCUCAGUUUAUACAUAAACCUACUGAAGUGGCACCGUCCCUCACUCCAGAGGAGGAGGAGAUGGAGAGACACUGUGAUGAAGAAAGGUACAUAGAUCUCCAUCGAGACUCUGCAGAGUAUGACAUACAACAGGAGGAGGAAAUGAAACGUUUCCAACAAGAACUCCGUGAAGAUGGUGCAUAUAAUUCAGUGGCAUUCAACUAUCAAUACAGUGCUCCAGAACAUCACUUUCAGCAUCCACAAACUUCUUCCACUUACAACCCAACUUGGACUGAAGGAUCAGGUUUAUACCAAGCUCAACAAGCUGGCCCAACUCUUGCACCAAGUGUCCAGGAAAUGAACUCAUCUCCUCCUCAACCACCUCCAUUUCAACAACCAGAGCCUUUUGUUCCCCCAGAAGAGCUGGAAAUUCCUCCAGAAAUGGAGAUUCCUGAGACAGCCAAGAUGCAAGCUAUUAUUGAAAGGACCGCUGUGUUUGUUGCUAAGCAAGGGAAACAAAUGGAAAUCUUAGUAAAGGCCAAGCAAUCAGGAAAUCCUCAAUUUGACUUUCUCCUCAUGGACAAUUGGUUGAACCCUUAUUAUAAACAUGUCUUGAAAUAUGUAACUGAGGGAAAGUACAUUCCAGAAAUACCAAAACAACCAUCGCCUGAACCCCAGGAAGAAGCAGAACAGACAGAGAGUGAAGAUGAGUCUGAUGGAGAGUAUGAACUGCAUCCAUUGUUGCAAGCGUCACUUCAUAAGAAGGUUGUAAGGUCACAGCCAUCAUCCGCUUCAUCAUCUCCAUUACCAGAUACUCUUGGUAACAAGUUUAGUCGUACUUUUGCUCUAAUAACGGGAUCGUCAUCAUCAGAUGCUGCUCCACAGGAGCAUGAAGGCAGCUAUCAUUCUCAUUACAAUGAAGUGGAUGAAGCAUUUGAUUACAGCAUGUGGUAUCCACAAGAUGAUAUGUAUGGACACUAUGUGUCAUCUGCCGGUUACUCGUACCACCCCCCCAUGGCACCGAUACUGUCAGUAGCUGACAUGAUUCCACCUCCUCCCCCUCCACCAGGAGAAGGUCCCUUAGAAGAGGAGUGGUUGGAUUUUGGACCAUCAAUGCCUCCUUUGCCACCUCCUCCCCCUCCACCAGUCCCUCCAACAUUCUUUGUGCCCAACACAGUUGAAAUAGCUGGGACUCUGCCUCCACCACCUCCUCCUGGAAUGUCUACGACCUCUCAAGUGGCAGAUGAAAUCAUACCACCACCUCCUGACCUUCAACCAAUUGUGGAUAAGUUGGCAAAUUAUGUGGCCAAGAAUGGUCCUGAUUUUGAAUCAAUCAUCAAAGCUAAGAAUGAUCCUCGGUUUGAGUUCUUGAAUCCAUGGAACAGCCAUUACAGUUAUUACCAACUCAAGAAACGACAGGCACUCAAAGCUGUUUCACCGCAAAUAGAAACAGAGAAUGGCAAGAAUCAACCUGAAGCACCCAAAGGGCCAAUAAGUUUCUCAAUAAAGUCAAAGGAUACAAAGAAACCCAAAAUUGAAUAUAGGACAAGUGUUAUAUACAAACAGAGCUAUGAGCAAGGGCAGAGUGAUGAGGAUGGUGAUGAAGCAGACACAGAAACUGAGGGCAAGGAGACAUUUGAUGGCAAUGAGGGGAAAUCGAAUGCUAAGAAACCGGAGUAUGCAAAUAAUCAAGAAACUAGUGAGAAGUCAGCUGACGACUUGACGCAACAGAUGGACUCGAUCAAGGCUGCUGAGAGAAUUGCUCAGCAUCUGGAAUCUGAGUCACGAGACAAACAGCUUCAGCUGGAAAGGAGAAGAAAAGCAUCACUGUUUAUCAGCAUGUUAAAGAACACCAACCCAGGAGAUGAAACUGAAGCAAAUAAGUCCUCCAGUUCUGGGAGUUCAGCACAGGUUAGGAAAACCAGAAAAUUUGUGGAAUCAAAAGGAGAAAAACGGUCCGACUCCCCUGCAUUGAAGAGAAGCCGUGUUGACGAUGAUGAUGAUGAUGAUGAUGAUGAGUCAGUGAGUGGAGGAAGACUGGGUGUGCCAUCACCUGAUAGUAUCCGUGUUACUCAGGAUUUGAUGGCAAAGGUGUUGGCUGCUUCCAGGAACAAAUGACACAAAGGCGGGAGUUAUUAUAGAGUUGUGUUGCACACUGUGCUUGGACCACAAGACCACAUGCUUGAGCGAGGUUACAAGCGUCAUUUGACUCGUUAUGUCACGUGGUGGUCUCAUCUGUCCUCACCCUCCCAGAGUAGGAAGGAAAAGAAGCAACACCAACAGCUUCCGGUCGAACGAGGGAAGCUGGGUACGGGAGACUUUGGACUAGCUUGGAUUUUAUAUUUUAUUUGUGAAAGUCACUGACUGUAAUGAUAGGUUUGCUAUUUGUCUUGUAAAUAUAAAGGAGAACUAUUUGUAAAGUAUUAAUUCUAUGUACUUUUGUAAAUAAACCUAUAUUUUUCUUGGGUUUACACAGUGGUGUAGAAAAACAAUUAACAAAACAAAUGACGCCUAA